UCUCUGCCAAUCUAAAUGGUGCAACCAUUUUUUCCAAGAUCGACCUCGUCCUUGCCUACCAUCAAAUUCCUGUGGAUCCAAAUGAUGUCCCAAAGACUGCAAUCAGCACGCCAUUCGGUUCGUUUGAAUUUGUACGAAUGCCUUUUGGACUUCGAAAUGCAGCUCAAACGUUUCAGCGUUUCAUGGAUGAGGUACUUUGCGGUCUUAAUUUUGUCUACGCAUAUAUCGACGACCUACUAAUUGCUAGCUCCACAGAAUCUGAUCACUUACAGCAUUUAGAAAUUCUAUUCAGCCGACUAUCAGAGUAUGGUGUCAUUAUUAACCCUGUCAAAUGUGUUUUUGGCGUCCUUUCGUUGGACUUUAUGGGUCAUAGAAUUUCUGCAGACGGUAUUCCACCCCUGCCUGCUAAAGUAAAAGCCAUCCAGGAAUUUCCACUUCCAACAUUUCUUCGCAAGCUUUGUGAAUUCCUUGGUUUGAUCAACUUUUACUGCGAUUUGUUCCUCACUGUGCAACAAUUUUAACGCCGCUCACUGAUCUCUUGUCACCUAAAUGCAACAUUGACGAUCCUUUCCCGCUGACCGGUGAUACUGAAUCUGCUUUCAUCAACAUCAAAGCUGCCCUCGCCAAAGCCACUCUUCUUGUACAUCCAUCUCAAAUUGCACCGUAUUGCCUCAUGGUAGACGCCUCUAAUGUUGCUGUUGGUGGAGUCCUUCAACAAUGUAUCAAUAGCGUUUGGAAACCCAUUGCUUUCUUUUUAAAGUGUUUACAACCUGUAGAACGAAAGUACAGUACUUUUGGACGUGAACUGCUUGCUGUUUACCUCGCCAUACGCCAUUUCCUCCACAAUUUGGAGGGACGUCAUUUCACUGUCUUUACUGAUCAUAAGCCACUUACCCAUGCUUUAUCUGUUUCUCCGGACCGAUACUCUCCACGUGAGACACGUCAUUUGGAUUACAUCUCGCAAUUCACUUCCUAUAUUCGUCACUGUCCGGGAACAGAGAACAUUGUUGCAGAUACCCUAUCUCGGGUGGAAAUCAAUGCUCUAAACGUUUCAUCUCGUCUCGAUUUUGCAGCCCUUGCCAAGGCUCAGCAGGACGAUCCAGAGUUAACUAGACUACGGUCAUCUUCACUUCAACUCAAAGAAUUUCCUCUGCCAUUUUCAGCUGGAACCAUCCUUUGUGACACCACCACUACUCAACCUCGUCCAUAUGUUCCACUACCAUAUCGUCGUCUCAUUUUUGAAACCUUGCAUUUUUUUGCUCAUCCUGGAAUAUCUGCUACACGGCAUCUUGUUAGUCAAAGAUACGUUUGGCCUGGUAUGAGCAAAGAUAUUCAUAACUGGACUCGAUCUUGCAUUUCUUGUUAACAGUCAAAGAUCACACACCAUACAAAAACACGGCUUGGCACUUUUGCAACAUCAGAUGCUCGUUUUGCCCAUGUUCAUAUUGAUAUCGUCGGACCUCUGCCACCAUCUCGAGGCAACAAAUAUUUACUAACUUGUGUCGAUGGUUUUACUCAUUGGCCUGAAGCCAUCCCGCUUGCUGAUAUUACUGCCGACACAGUUGCUCGUUUGUUUGUCACCCACUGGAUUUCUCAGUUUGGAGUCCCUACCACCAUCACUACUGAUCGCGGCACUCAAUUCCAAUCUGAUGUUUUCCACUCUCUGACAUUGCUUCUUGGUAUAAAACGGAUCAGUACAACAGCAUACCAUCCUUGUCACAACAGAAUGGUAGAAAGAUUUCACCAUCAACUCAAGUCUUCAAUAAAAGCUUCCCCUGAUCCUACCCAGUGGUGCGAAUCUCUUCCACUUAUCCUGCUUCACCAGCAGACAAUCGUCAAAGAAGAUAUCGGUUGCACUCCUGCUCAACUCAUACUUGGUUGCAAUCUUCGCUUACCUGGUGAAUUUUUUACAUCUUCUACAGAACAUUCCGAGCUUGACCCGUCUGUCUAUGCUAAUCGGCUUCAAUUUGCCAUGCGUGACCUUUGUCCUACACCGUAUCGACCCCAGACUCCACAGUCUUAUCGUCCACCAGGAUUAUCAACAUCUAAAUUUGUUUUCGUACGAAACUAUGCAGUUAAAAAGCCUUUGCAGCCACCAUAUGACGGUCCUUUCAAAGUGCUGGAGCAUCAUGACAGGCAAACCAAAAACUGUCAGUCUCGACCGUAUCAAAGUUGCCCAUACUGAAUCUGACAUUGCCAUGCCCCUGCCAGUUGAUACCACGACUUCAUUGACACCACAAAAUUCAACUGUCAGUCAGCCUCGAACCACUCGUUCCGGAAGGCGAGUACAUUUCCCGGACCGCUUUGGUUAUUAGUACUCAACAAGUUUGAAUCGCCUGUUUUGCUCCGCUCACAUUCUAAGGAGGGAGCUAUUGUAGUGAACUCACAAACUUGCAAAACAAACAAACUCACAAAACAAUAGCAGAGAACACCUUUUGUUUUCAACUUGCGUAAUAACUCUUUAGCCCUAUUGUUUUCAUCUAGCUCUUUUCCCUUCCUUUUGUAUUUAUUUCAAUAACUCUCUGUUAUCAACUUUUGAGUUUGUACAAAGCUAUUUUUUAAUUGAGUUGGUGAUAAAGUUUCACAGAGACACACGUGGAGAGUUUCUCUUUCGUUUUUCACUAAAUUAGUAAAUACAACUAAACAACAACAUUUACUAAACCACUUUCAUUUUCUCUAUUUCUUUCAGCAAUUGCUUGUUUUGCAGUCUGCUUUCCUGCAGUGCAAGUCUGAUUCAUUCAACAGAUGUCCCUUUGAUGGGUGCCUUUGCUUGUGCAGGAACAGAAAGCUUUGCCCUUGACUUUCUUUUCUUUUUUUCCUGCUUGAGCCCAAGGUCAGAACAGCUGUUUCACAUACAGCCCCCAACAUCAUCUGAUUUAAUCAGAACCAAACAGCUUUUUGCUCUGAUGUAUUCUCUGCAAGGAAAUGGAGAGUUUACUGAAUCUUCCUCGAAUGGAUUUACUAAUAUUGGUACGACAUGCCUCACAGUCCCUUCGUCACCUAAUGAUGUGCUGCCUGGGCAAAUCAUGAGACUGUGAAGAUUAAGCAGCAGGUCUGACACAGUUACAUUGCGAACAGACCUUCUAAAGUCCUCAUACAGAAAGCGGCUUUCUGGUAUGAUGUACCCAAAGACAGAGAUAGUGAAACUCAAACUUUCAUCAAUCAUCACGCUGAGUUUUGGUACAAGAGAUUGUGAAUCCAUGUGAUUUAGAGUGAAAUAAUUUUCAUUAUCAGUCUCUGCAACACACCAAUCUUUUAAAACAAGUUUUCCAACUCGCUUUUUUAGCUCCAGAAGUGACUUGUAGUAGACAUGUUGUUUGUCUUCAAUUGGAAUUGACUGAACAACUGUCCUUGGUUCUCUUUUUGCACAAUUCGUUUGUGUAAAGUGAAACGAUUUUACUUGCAUGUUCAAUGAAGGCAGGACUCCUUUUUCAAAAAUUUCUUGGUCAUUUUCUCACCUUUAUCUGUGAAGAAAUUAAAAGGCUAUUAGAUCUAUCUAUUAUCAUAAUAUUAUUGGUUUUUUAAAGGGGUUGGAUAAGAAAUUUGUAAACAUUGCGCAUCACGGGCCGUCCCGGGCGAUUUGGAGCUGGAGGAAGAUUUCGAAAUGGCGGACUUCGAACAUACUGAAAGUUACAUCCCUGGUAAUUCGUCGAUGGAUUCUUCGGAGAGUGCCGAGAACGACAGUACUUUUUCUGGACCAGAAGUGUCAGCACACCCACCUUGUGACUGUGUAGGAAAAUUGUGUGCUACAAAAUCAACAACUAAGCGCAAAGGAUGCAUUUGUAGAGAUGGUCAGCGAAAAUGUUCAUCUCACUGUCGCUGUAGAAGGCAAGGACAGCCGUGCAAAAACAAGGUGCAUAUUAAUUCACCUACACAUAAUGCAACAAACGAGUGUUGGUAAAGAUGAAGAAGACCAACAAGAAAACCUUGUUGUGGAGAACUUCAUCGAGACCCUGCCAAUCAAAGAGUUGAAGAAGUUGGUCUCUGUUAAGUAUAAAUGUGGAGUUGGUAGCAUGGAAUUUACAGGAAGAUGCACAGCAGAGAGUGUUUUACAGGAAGAUGCACAGCAGAGAGACAUUCAGUCAAAUGACCCCAACUUGCCAUAGUGGUAUAAGUGUAGAAAAUGCAGAGAAAUGCAACGUGACAUUGAAAAUAAAUGUUGCAAUAAAGCUGAAUGCAUUACGUCAAGGAGAAAAUUUUCAAAAUUCUGCCUUGAUCCAGAAAACUUAGAAAUGGUGAUAAAAAAUACCACAGACAUCAGAAAUGACAGAAGAGACAACAGCACACAUGCAUUUUGCAAGGCAGGAUACACACAAUUGCCUUGUGGCAACAUGUCUAUCUUGGAAAGGCAGU